UGACCCUUCAUGUACCGUGUACACGACCAAGGUUCAUAUUCCGUACGAGGAAGACGUAACGUCAAGCCCACAAAAUUAGUAUUAAAAGUUUAAUAAAAAUAUUUAAUUUUGGCAAGAACACGACACAAUUGGUCCACUUUUCGUGAGAGGUUCUGUAAAUAACUUUUUUUAAAAAUAGCAAUAAAAUAGAGCGCCAUUGCCAUUAUCGUAGGUGUGUUCGGGAUUGCUUUGAUUCUGCAAAAAUGGUGUGUAUAAAGAAGAUGAUGGAAAACGAAGAAGACGAAACAGAGAAAUGGUUGAACAACGAGUACUCAUCUUUUCAUCAAAUACUGCUUUUGGGUGAAGGAGAUUUCUCUUUUGCGUUGAGUUUGUCACUUUCGUUCGCUUCUGCUUCCAACAUCGUCGCUACUUCACUUGACUCUUAUGAUUCUUUGAUAAAGAAGUACAAGAGAGCAAAAUCAAACUUGGACUUGCUGGAAAAGCUAGGAGCUUCCCUUAUACAUGAGGUUGAUGCAACUAAAAUGAAGCUUCAUACUGAUCUCAAGAUGAGGAAGUUUGAUCGUAUUAUCUUCAACUUUCCCCAUGCCGGCUUCCAUGGAAAGGAACAGAACCUGCAUCUCAUCAACAAGCACAGGAGGCUUGUACAUGACUUUUUCAGCAAUGCAAGUGGUAUGCUGCGACCCAAUGGUGAAAUCCAUGUUAACCACAAAACAUCUGCUCCAUUUUCUCACUGGAAUCUCGAGAAACUUGCCUCUCAGAACUCGCUUUUACUGAUCGAAUGUGUUCCAUUUAACAUUCACGACUACCCUGGUUAUAACAACAAGAGAGGAGAUGGGUUGAGAUGUGACGAGCCUUUUCGUUUAGGAAAAUGCAGCACAUUCAAGUUCAUUUUCUCACCAGAGUCUAAGAAAAUGUCCACUAAUCACACUCGAAGGGACUCAAAGGAAAAUCUUCCUCAUCAAAUACAGAGGAUUCUGUUUCAAGAACACAAUCAUGAAACUAGUUUUGUUCCGAAUCACCCAAUUAAUCUUUUCUCCAGCCAUUUAGGAUCUCCAGUCCGCGACAGGUUCAGAGAAGACGUUGCUUGGGUAUUCGACUGGUAUUUCACUCAUGUGGAUGAGACCUUUGGGGUACGCGAGGAAAUGGAGGGCUACCAUGUCUAUGAAGGUGUAAGACGAGGCUAUGACAGAUACGUUAAGUUGGCUUCUUGUAGAACUUCACCCGACUUCAUUGUUUUUCUAGAGGAGCUCCAUGGUUUGAGUCUUAUGAGGAUUGAGAGGUUAAAGCAGAGUUUGGAAGAUAUGUCUCAUUAUUAGUUCUAACUGGCGAAAACAAGGGUCGCAAACUUAAUUGUUCUUUCAUGAUCUGAUGGUUUUUGUGUACAAUUUUUUUAGUCAGGUGAGGGUGUAUGUUUAUAGUAACUCCACCUCCCACCAUUCCCUUAACCCAAAACGCAGCUUAAUUAGGUUCUGCUGAUCAAUAGAUAUGAUCAUGCUGUUUUGUAAAAAGAAGCUUAAUUAAAGCUUAAAAGCUUAUCCUUAAUUUGUAGCAA